AUGCAGAACGGCGUGUGCACGGAAGCCUCGUACCCGUACACGUCUGGCAGGGACGGUCAAACCGGGACGUGCCAAACGAGCUGCACCAAGAAGAAGCUCGCGAUCGGCAAAACCAAGACGACCUCUGGGGAGAGUUCGCUCAUGACGGUGCUCAACAGCCAGCCCGCGACUGUCGUCGUCGAAGCCGCCAACAACGUGUGGCGUAACUACAAGAGUGGGGUGGUGACCCAAUGCCCCGGCGCGCCUUCGGACCACGCCGUCAUUGCGGUCGGCUACGGCACGUCCUCGAGCGACUACUUCAAGAUCAAGAACUCGUGGGGCGCUCAGUGGGGUGACAACGGGUACAUCUACUUGAAGCGCGGCGUGAGCGGCAAGGGAAUGUGCAACGUCGCCGAAGGCGUAUCGUACCCGGAGUUGGGUGGCUCGCCCGCUCCAACCACGAAAAACCCCACUCCUUCUACCAGCAAGCCGACGCCGUCGCCGAGCCAGCCUACUCGGACCCCUGCUCCUACCCCCUCCCCAACCACCAAGCGCCCCACGACUGUGAAGCCCAAGACCACCACGCGUGCCCCCAAGCCUACAUCGAACUCCCCCUCGACGACCAGCC